CACCGAGAGCCAACGCCGGCGUCACGCGCGUCACUCGCCAACGACACUCUUGUGACCGUCUGUAUCCUGUCACGUCAAGUCGCCACGUCACUGGUGGACCUCAGUGGGCUCUCGGACGCCCCGCCAUGGAGCCCGUGCCGGCGCUGCCGGCGCUGCUGACGCUGCUGACGCUGUUGGUGACGCUGCUGACGCCGACUGACGCCGCCGGCGCCGAGCUGACGCCGGAGCAGCUGCGCAGCACGGCCAGGGCGCUGGGCGCCGAGUCCCGCCUCCUGUUCGGGUUUCCCACGGGCAGCUCGCUGUCCCUGACCACGUCUCUCAUCGCGCCCAUUAUCAGCGAGGGGCCGCUCACCGGGAAGCUGAACGUGACCUGGGUACCGGUGGCGGUACCCCUCGACCAGAGCUCGCGCCAGCUCGAGUACAUCGAGGGAGCCCGCUCGCGCGCCGACGACCUGGUCGAUGUCUACGAUCAGCUGCAGGACGCCAUUGAGGGGUUCGGUCUGCCGGGUCGCCCGUGCCUGCUGAGGACGCUGUGUGAGGCCGCCGGUCGGCGCGGGGACAGUCCUCUGGUGACCAGGGUCCUCCAGCUGCUGAUCGGGCUGCCGGAGGAGGGUCAGAGAGGGGGCGCGGCCGCGGAGCUGACGGAGGAGGCGUCGCAGGCGCGGCGGCUCGGCUCGGCCGACCCCUCCGAGUGCGGUCGCACUUACCACCUGUGCCCCGGCUCGCUGUUCGACCUGCUGGACGAGGCCGAUCUGCUCUGAGCUGACCUAGUCUGAGCUGAUUAGCUCUGAGGUCUGACCUGCUCUGAGUGACUCUCUGGGCUGAAGGCCGACCCGCUCUGAGUGACUAUUUGGGCUGAAGCCCGCUCUGAGUGACGACCUGCUCUGGCCCCGAACUGCCCAGAAGGACGCCCUGCCAUGAGGGCCGACCUGCUCUGAGGUCUAAUCUGCUCUGAGGGCUGAUAAGAGAAAAUCCCUGAUUGGCUCAUUAGUGUCUCAAAAGAAUCUGCUCAGACGACUAUAAAUGUUUGGUUAUACAUAUCCUACAUUGUUAGAAAUAUUGUUAUUAGGUUAUAUAUUGUUUGCUAGAACUCUCUCUUGUUGCAACAUAGUAAGUCCCUGCAAGUCCGAUAUAUUUUCAUUUUAAAGGGUUAAUGAGUAUCAGGGUCUUCACAAUGAAAGGUAUUUGCUUGUUUGGCUAUUACCGAAUCGCUCAGGCUCUUCUGUUUAUAAUACUAAGUGCAUAAAAGCUCUAUUAGUGAUCUCGCAAAUAGUACUGUCUACACAGUUUAAGACAUUCACAUUAACUCAUUUAACAAAAAACAGCGCUUGUUUCAUUAUGACAAUUUGAAGAGCUAUGACAGGAAGUCUCUGCACUUGGCCCUUUCAAUGGGCAAUGACAUUGUUCUUUUUGUUAAAAAUGAGCUCCGCAGUAGCACGCAAUAUGCCGGUUUGCUACCUAGCACUGCUGCACUGGCACAGACGAAUUGCAUCACGCAUGCAUCAGCGCAAAUUUGUCUGUCGCCAGUAUUACUGAGUAGACCCACUCAUGACGACCAGUGCUAUUCUCCAUUUUUUUCUCGAUUGUGUUGGAUUUUUCUCGAUUGGUACAAUAACAGACACGUUGCAUGUGUAGGCCAGCUCACACAAAUCGGCCAUCAGUGUUCAUUUCACGCCGGGGGCUCACCCUCCGUUCUGCAAUAUGAGAGCAAUACGUCAGAGCGGUACACGCCCGGUGACGGGACGCCUCCCCCGUUCAGUCGCUGGCAGUGUUAGACAGGCGGCGCGCCGGGCCGCGGCGGCUGCCGUGACCGCCAGCGCAGCCGGUCGGCGGUCGGACCGUGAUCCAUGACCCACGCCGGCGUCAGUGGCCCAGUGAUCACACUUUCUCCGUCAGCGUCUGCCGGCGGUUAGCGACUCAGAGCGCCUGCGAAACCGCACACGAUGCCAUUUCAGCUACAUUGUGGGCUGGAUGGAAUGGUGACGCCUCACGUAAUGUGCAUGGCAAAUAGGUAUCGGCUCGCUUUUGUGAGUGAUAUACCAAGAAGUCACAAUUAAAAUAAAGUGAAAAUAAAACAAUCUGAAAGGAAAAUGACGUGUUGUAAUUGACCUCAAAUACAAAUGUUCGGCGCUGAA